GAGCUUGGGAGGUCUGCCGGUCUUUGUUUGGUAAGGAGACAAGAAGAAAGUCAUCACACUGAGAGUGAGUGGCCACCACCGAAAUUCCGAUGCUGGAAAAUCCUACAUCAGCGGCACCACCCGCCGCUUCAGAUCCAACCUCAGCUGUCAAGCGCUACGCUCCUCCCAAUCAGAGAAAUCGUGCUCUUAACAGACGCAAGUCCGCAGAGCGGUUUGAUCGAACUAACAAUCUACAUGGGAGUGAUUUGGAAAAGAAUCAAAUUGUCUUUUCAAGAGGUUCUGGUGUUAUAGAUCAUGGGGAUGGAGGUGGCAGCAGUCUUCUAAAUGAAAACUCUCAACCCUGUUUUAUAGCUUUGGAGGGGUGUUGCAGCAGUCAAGCUUUCGAUCUCUUGAAUAAUCGUUGGGCAGCCGCAAUGCAUUGCUUCAAUGAUCCAUCUGUAGAUCUAUCAGGUCAGUGGAAGAACUCUUUGUUAAUGGUUGCAGCAGGGGGUGCUGGGGCGCCUGGUUCUUCCAUGGACUUCUUGAGUGAACUUCACCGGUUGAAGCACAAUUUCAAUGUCAGUUCUGGAAUCUAG